AUGAUUCACACCGUUCUCGUCCCAAUCAUCUGCACUAUCCUCUCUUAUGUCGUUUUUCACUUCGCUCGGACCCUCUACCUCACCUGGACAUCGUCAUUGAAAUUCAUCGACGGUCCGCCGUCGUCGAAUUUGAUCUUCGGCCACUCGAUCGUUUUCUCUGACGUGCCAGAGACGGGGAACCAGUGGCGGAAACGUUACGGUCCGACCUUGAUGGCCAAGGGCAUGUUUGGGGUAAACGAUCUACACACAACCGACGUCAAAGCUGUCGCACAUAUUCUCAGCCACGGCUUGCUAUACUCGAGAACGCCCGAGUUUAUUUCAAGUCUGAGUCGUGUCCUCGGUGAUGGAAUCUUAUCGGUCGAUCUGAAUCCGCAUAGACGUCAGCGCAAGAUUCUUCACCCCGCUUUCAGCGUCCAGCAAAUUCGGUUAAUGAACGAGGUGUUUUUAGAACAGGCACUCGUGCUGCGAGAUUUUUUGGCGUCGGAUGUCCGGAAAGCCGGCGGGGCCGCAACCAUCAACCUCGCUGAAAUGUUUCGUCAAGUAACAUUGGAUAUUAUGGGACAAACCGGUUUCGGAUACAAAUUCAACUCACUCGAAUCAGGCGGCAAGAAUGAAGGAGAUCUGAGCAAGGCCUUCCGCAUGUUGUUCCAUGUCCCCAACGCCAACCUGUAUCUUGCUGUGCAGCUUGCUCAGGCAGCCGUUCCGGUCCUCAAGUUCCUGCCGCUGCCCGGCUGGCGCACUACGCAGUUUGCAAUCAAUACUAUGCGUGCGGUUGGAACAAAUCUCCUACAGAAGGCGAAGACGGACGCGCAGACAUUGGGAGAGAAGGAAUUGGGAUCGGGGCGGGAUCUGCUCUCCAUCCUGGUCAAGGCAAACAUGUCCGCGGAAAUCCCGGAGAGCCAACGACUGAGCGAUAGCGAGGUCAUAGCCCAAAUCCCGACGUUUCUCCUGGCCGGGCAUGAGACCAGCAGUGUCGCGCUGGGAUGGGCCGUCCAUGAGUUGUCGCACCAUUCCGCUGUGCAAGACAAGCUUCGCAAGGAGGUCCUGUCCGUUCAGACCGACACCCCGACCAUGGAUGAGCUGAACGCGCUGCCAUUCUUCGAAGCUGUGCUGAAGGAGACACUGCGCUUGCACGCCCCGGUGGCCUACGUUCAGCGCAUGGCCCUACAGGACGAUGUGCUGCCGCUCAACAAGCCUUAUGUUGACCGGUGGGGGGUAUCUCACGAGACUCUCCCCAUCGCCAAAGGACAACUGUUCACCAUCCCGAUACUGGCCAUUAAUACCGACAAAGAGAUUUGGGGCGAGGAUGCCCUCGAGUUCAACCCCGACCGGUGGACUAAUCUCCCCGAUGCCGUGCAAUCUGUUCCGGGAGUUUGGGGCAAUCAGCUUACAUUCCUCGCCGGCGUUCACAGUUGCAUUGGGAUCCGAUUUUCCUUGGUUGAACAAAAGGCAAUCCUAUUCAGUCUCCUCCGCUCUUUCGAGUUCUUUCCCGGCAAGGAGCCCGUAAGCUCCGUGAUGUCCGCGCAGCUGCAGCGGCCAUUUUCGUUCGUUUCCGAUGGAAAGGGUGGUCGUGUGUCGACGGGUGAACUGUCUCUUGUGGUGAAAGCCUAUCAGGGUUCUUCCAUUUGAUUUUCAGUAGUU